UGACUAACAUACUCAGUGAAACGUGCCGGGCUUCAACGAGCAUACAAGGGUUAGUUCACGUGUCUCGAGGACACGUGUGUGGUCAACAUGGCAGACACAAUGUCCGUGUGUGGUCAACUCUGGGCCCUGACAUUCCUGACCCUCGUGCAUCAAAGUGUUCAAGUUCCCAGAUUUUUAAACGCUCCCUACUUAGCCAACAUCAGAUACGAUGUAGACGUGGGUCAUAUAGUGGCGACAGCGAGGGCGAACGACCCUGGCCUCAAGGGUUCCUUGAGAUUUGAUACCACUGGUGUCAUGCCUGCUCCUGGCUUCUUCGCUGUGAACAGCGCCACGGGUGUCAUAACGGUGGCGGCAUCUUUGAGGAGCGACACUCUCGCGUCGUAUACUCUCGGCGUUGUGGUCUACGACACGGCCGCUCCCAAGACGACGGCGUCAACUAACGUUACCAUCAACAUCAACAGGAACCCGCAGUCGCCCACCCCUGCAGCCCUGACGAUGGAGACAACGAUCCUGGAGACGAGAGCGACGGGGUCUAGCCUGCUGAUCGUGUCGGCAGUCGACCCUGACUUGACGGCUGUGCAUUUCGACCUGGUGGACACGCGGGCUGACCAGCAGAGCAGCCAGUACUUCACAGUGGACUACAACACGGGCAGUGUGAUGGUCAGAAGGUCACUCACCCUUGACCCGGCCAGACACACAACCUACAAUUUCGGAGUGAGGGUGACAGAUUCCGGCCUGCCACCCCGGUCGAGUGCCCCAGUCAGUGUGAAGGUCAACGUCGUGCGGAACAUGUUUACUCCCACCUUCAUCGGCGUGCCUUACACCGCCAACAUCAACAGAACAGCCGAACCUGGCGACGCCAUCCUCUCUCUCAUUGCUGUUGAUGCCGACGGUGUGUCCUCGUUCUCUUCGCUGCGAUAUUCCAUGUGCGGUAACAGCCAUUCCGACAUGUUUGCUGUCAACGCCGAGACUGGUGAAAUCUCGUUGGUCGGGAAUCUGAACGAGACUAAACAGUAUCGUUAUAAGUUCGGGGUGAGGGUGGAAGACGGCGGCACCCCUCCCCUCUCAGCCACCACGGGCGUGGAGGUGACAGUCGACUACAACUUGUACGACCCCACAUUCCAAACCACAUCCCACACCAGACGCAUCGUAGAGACGCUUGCCGUAGAGUCCAACGUGUUGACCUUCACAGUCACCGAUGAAGACGGAGAGCGCCCCGAGGGAGAUAUAGAGCUUACAAUCCUGGAACCCAGGGCUUCUAACUUCUUCAAGGUUGAGACACUGAAACCCUCGCUGGGCGUGAUAUCACUGAAACAGUCUCUGAUUCGCGAUGAUACGAGACGUUACGAGUUUACGGUGACGGCUGUUGACAAGGGUACACCGGCGAGAACUGCGACCACAUCUGCGACCUUUGUUAUAGAUGUGACACGGAACGAGCAUGCACCGCAGUUCCUGGGACAGCCAUACCAAGCUGCGAUGUCUGUGACGGCCAAGCCGGGUACGAUGGUCUUUAGUGUCCGUGCCGCGGAUGCUGACACACAGGCACCUUUCAACAACAUCAGCUUUUCUCUGAUCGGUGAUGCACGUGGCCCCAGUUUCUUCAGAGUGAAUACUAAUACCGGUGUAAUAACGGUGACAGAGACGUCAUUGAUAUCAACAGACCAAGCGCCGUCGUAUACGCUCCGUGUAUUAGCCGAGGAUGGAGGAACCCCAGCAUUGAGUGCCACAACCACUGUUCUCAUCGCUGUGGACCGGAAUCUGUAUUCACCGGUGUUAGCAUCCCGAUCCUUCAAUGCCAGUAUACUCUCCAGCCAUCCUGUCGGGUACCCAUCCUUCCUGAAGCUGACGGCAGUUGACGGAGAUAUUGCUGAGCCAUACAAUGUUGUCCGAUAUUCGAUCACGGGAGACGUGAAGUUUAAGGAAUAUUUCAUCAUCAACAUGGACGAUGGUCAGAUCUCCGUGAAGAAAGACAUACAGACGGAUCCCAGUCAGACACGCCAGUACAAUGGAGGGAUCCAAGUCUGUGAUGCCGCCUCCAACCCACGCUGUACCUUCGUCGCCGUCGUCGUCAACAUUGUACGCAAUGACAAUGCCCCCUCCUUCAUCAACAUUGACGACUACACUGUCAGCAUCAAUUCAACGCAGAUGGAGAUUGGAUAUUCGGUUCUGAAGAUAGCUGCUGUGGACAGGGAUACGGACAUUACUGACAACACCGUGAACUACAAACUCUUCAACAUAGACGACACAGUGGACUAUUUCCAUAUCGACUCGAGCACUGGUAACGUCACGAUCAAGGCAGUGCCUCCUGUCACAACGGAUAGGACGUUUGAGCUCUGGGUUGAGGCUUGUGACACAGGCAAGUUCUGCAACAGAACAGUUGCAAGGGUAACGGUGCUGACCAACUUCUACGCCCCUGUGUUUUCUUCAACACAAUAUACGACCACCGUUUCUGAGACAGUUGGAUAUAAUGUUCCCAUAAUAGCAGUGACAGCGACGGACGCCGAUAUAACGGACCCCAACAACCGAGUCAGGUAUAAACUGACCUUCCAGCUGGCGGAGUGUUUCUCUGUUGAUGAACUGACAGGAGAGAUAUCAAUUCAAAAAUCUCUGUUGGAUGCUUUCUGCAGUGAGGAUUCCUACUUGGCUCAGAUAACGGCUGUUGAUGGUGGAGCGGUUCAGCGGUCCAGUACCGUCGAUGUGUUCCUCACCGUCAGACGGAACAAACAUGCUCCGGUGUUCACCGCGAACCCUUUCCUUGCUACUAUCCAGGGAGGAGCUCCGGCUGGCACACGAGUGCUCAGCGUCUUAGCCACCGAUAAUGACGUUGUUGCUCCGUUUAACGUGCUGACAUUCUCUACGUUUGGGCAAGACGAUACCCAUUUCGACAUCAACCCCAAUACUGGUGUUCUGACGGUCAAGCCAUCUCUACAGACUGAUCGGCGUGAACAGUACACGUUCUUCGUGAUGGUGAAGGAUGGAGGUAGUCCGCCCCUCUCUGCAACAACGGAAGUUGGGGUUUCAAUACAAAGAAACCUCAACCCGCCCAUUUUCUCUCCUCUUGUCUACUCUGUGGCCAUUCUGUCCACACAGACACUGAACACACCCAUCGCCAUCGUCUUAGCUACAGAUGCUGACGUGUCGGCUCCAAACAAUUUUGUGACCUUCAACGUCGCUGGCUCCGGGGGAUUUGGCAACUUCUUCGCCAUCGAUCGGACUGGGCGAGUGCUUGUGACGAGGGACCUCAGAGAAGAUGCUGAUAAACAAACGGUAUACAAUGGAGUUGUCAAUGCGUGCGAUGGCGGCGCAAGUCCACUAUGCUCACCAAGUGCAGCAAUUAUCACCAUCAGCGUAACCCGCAACAACUUCGCUCCCUCCUUCGUUGACGACGACAUAACUCAAAAUGUGACGUCAAGAGCACCACUCAACACUAUCGUAAUGCAAGUUGUUGCAACAGAUCGGGAUCCGCCUAGCACCCCCUUUGGACAAGUCAGAUACAAGCUGCUCAACAAAGAUGAUACACAAGACUUCUUCACAGUCGACAGCAAUAGUGGGGACGUGAGGAUCAGUCGUCCGCUGUUUAAUUCACAGAAACCGUCUUUCGAGCUGUUGGUGGAAGCAUGUGAUCUGGACCGACUGUGCAACACAACAUUGGCGACGGUCCAUGUCAUGAGAAAUCUUUUCGCUCCCGAAAUGAUAACGCAGGACUCCUUCGACACCAUACCUGAAACAUGGGCCAUUGGCAGGACCCUGCUGACGGCGACUGCUAUCGACAGAGACGUCGCCGCUCCCAACAACGUUGUGAUGUACUCGAUUUCUGGCAGUGAGGACGCGAUGAACUGUUUCACUAUCAACCCCCAUAGAGGACACGUGACCCUUCAACGUUCCCUCAUGGAAGAUCCAUGCAAUCUGACAAACUAUGUGGUUCAAGUCCGGGCGAUGGACGGAGGGAAUCCUUCUCGUUCAGCAACAACAGAAGUGACAGCUUACAUCAGCAUCAUCCGGAACCGGUAUACCCCCCAGUUCAUCAACAACACGGACUCCAUCUCAGUCAUGGGAAACGUCAGCACGGGGGUGAUCGUAUACACGGUAACGGCAACAGACAACGAUGCACUUGUCUUUGGAGAUGUUAGCUUCGAGCUGACUGGGGACACGGAGACCCUAAACUUCUUCAGGAUGGAUCCUGACACGGGAGACAUUGUCACUAUCGCUAACCUGACCGAUACCAGAAAGUCUGUCCUGUCUGCAAGAGUUGUUGCCCGUGAUGAAGGAACACCUCCACGUGAAAACAUCACCGUUGUUAACAUCAACAUCACCAACAACCACUACGACCCAGUGUUCACAAUGUCUUCAUACGUCAUUACUAUACCAGAGUCAACGUCCCGCGGCACCGUGCUUACCACCGUCAGCGCUGUCGACCUGGACACGGUAUGGGACAACGGUGAUGUGGAAUACUUGCUCAAAGACUCCGAAAGCUCCAACAAUGACUUCUGUGCCAUAGACAGAGAGACAGGCGAGGUUUACCUCUUGAAGGAUCUUUCCGACACAACAACGUUCACUUGUCAGAUAGAAGCACGUGACAAGGCACCUAAGCCUCGAUCUGAUACUGCUCUGGUUAACGUCCUUGUUCUGCCCACGCAACAGUUGACCUUCGCAAGGUCAGAUAUCAGCGUAACGAUCACCGACAAACAAGAUGUCGGCAGGACUGUCACACAGGUUCAGGUUGAACAAGCGGUAACAGUCGGAUAUUCCUUAAUUGGCACCGACCGUGCACCGAUAUUCUUUGACGUCAACAUCACAACAGGGGCGAUAUAUGUAUCAACACAAUUAACGUCCGACCCCGAUAAAUUAACGUCCUACCAGUUGUUGGUUGAAGCUAAAGGUUUGGAUGGCUUGUCGUCAGCAACAACGUCUGUGAAUGUCACCGUUGUACGACAGAACAACGACCCGGUGUUUUCCCCCAGUCGCUACACGGUCAAUGUGUAUGAGGAUCAGACGCCAGGCACCAGUCUCAUAUCUACCACUGCCGUGGAUAGGGAGGGGGAUAUGAUCCUGUACAACAUCAGUGGGCCUGGCAGCGAUCUGUUCCUCAUGCAUCCCCUCACAGGAGAAGUGUUCCUGAUGACAAGUCUGGGAGAGGAAUCAAGUAAUACAUACCAGUUGAAUCUCCACGCCCGCGGUGUCGGUAGUCAAGAACCAGAGCCGAUGGGGACUCUCACUAUCAAUGUCAUUCGAGACAUCGGUGUACCUUACUUCGAGGGAACUCCCUACAUGGCAACCCUGAACUUCUCAGCAUCAAAGGGCGACAGCGUCAUGCGCGUGGUCGCACUGGACUUCGACUUAAACGGAGAUUUAAAAUACGAUAUUGGCGGACAGUACUUCAAGGACAAGUUUGGUAUUAACAAUGACACAGGGGAGAUCACCGUGACCGGGAGACUGCCGCGUGACACAGAGAGGUACACGUUGAUUGUGAACGCAUAUGACAGCCGCUUCCCACAAAACAAAGCAACAACCAGUGUCGUGAUCAGUGUGAACGUCAACCCCAACCCGCCGGUCUGUCAACCUCGCCCCAUCAGUACCACCGUAACCGGAGAUACCGCCCCCGGUGACGUCAUAGCUGAUGCCAAUGCAACGGAUGCUGAUGGGGAUGACCUCACUUACGCCUUUGCCAACAUUGACAGUGAAGACAGAAGUCAGUUUUUUCUGGAAUCGACGAGUGGGAAACUUUUCCUCAGGCGUGCCUUUACAAAUAUCAGGGCUACUUACACAUUCUCUGUCCGUGCGGCUGACCAGUACAGCCGGUCGUGUGUCAUAUUCGUGUCCAUUUCUGUCUUGUCCGACACGCCGCCAUUGUUCAUCGGAGACCCUUACACAGUUACCGUGUUAGAAAAUAGCCCACCAGGGUCUUCUGUUGUCAUGGUCACUGCGCAAGACAGCGACUUGAGGGGCUCUCUUGCUUACGAGAUCAGCGGAAAACUCAGUGCACCAGCCUACUUCGACGUGGGCAGAAAUACAGGCAUGGUCACACUGAACUCCUCCUUGAUUAAUUCUUGUGUGUCGAGAUACACGAUCCAGGUGUCAGUGUUCGACACGGCAGCCCCCACGGCGGUCACUAUGGGGACAGUGCAGGUCAACGUCAUCAGAAACCCCAAUGGUCCAGUCUGGGCGUCUUCUACAUACAGUGUAACCAUUACGGACAGCACCGCUGCCGGCACCGACAUCUUGAACACCACGGCCGUGGACAGCGACGGCGACAGCAUAAGGUAUGAAUUUGGCAGAGGAUCGAACACAGACCUUUUCCGAAUCGACGUGGACACCGGCACCAUUAGCCUUCGGACUUCCCUGACCGCUGACACAACCGGACGUCAGGUUUAUUUGCUUCCACUAAUUGCCCGAGACCAGAGAGAUGUUGAGAAAAGGGCGAUCGCCACUGCCACCAUAAAUGUCCGACGGGACACCCAGUCCCCUAGAUUCACAAACACCCAGUAUAGAGUGACUGUGUUAGAAUCGUCACCAGUUAACAGCAGUCUCAUCAUUGUUUCUGCAGCCGACAACGAUUUACAGGGUAGAAUACAGUAUGAGCUGACGGGCGACGAGGCGGCGACGCUGUUCUUCCGUGUCUCAGCUGAUACUGGUCAGAUUGUUCUCAGGAGAGAUCUCAAGAUGGAUAGCUCCAUCUCAUAUACAAUUAGGAUCAAAGCAUACGAUUCGGCCUAUCCUGCCAAUGCUGCAACAACAACGGUGUCAGUCUCAGUAGUACGGAAUGCCAACACGCCCAUCUCGUCCCAGCCCUUCUACACCACCAGCAUCCCGGAGAACACCCCGCCUGGGACAUCCCUGCUCACCGUUAACGGCACUGAUGUGGACGGGGAUACCAUAUCGUACGAGAUAGUCCGAGGUGACAAUGUAACUCAAGAGUUCUUCAAAAUAGACGACAGGACAGGAGUCUUGACAGUGGGGAGCGAUCUCACGUCAUCGUUGGUCCCCUCUACGGUGAUGGUUAGGAUGUCUGACAACGGAGUGCCACAGAAAUACACGGAUGUUUCUGUGAGGGUGCUGUUACGCAGAGACUCAUCUUCCCCACGCUUCAUCAACGCGCCUUUCUCCACCAACCUCCUGGACACUGUCGCCGUCAACACCACCGUCAUGACCGUCACUGCGAUCGACGACGAUCUCUUGGGAGCUAUGAAAUACAAAAUAAAUGAAGACAGUUUAGCAAAGGCCUAUUUUGGGAUCGACGCUGACACUGGAAGGGUGUUCACCAGGAGACGCCUAACACUCACCAAUGUGGAGAGGUUUGAUGUGGAGGUGACGGCAUAUGACUCGACGUACCCGGGAAAUACUGCGACUACAGUGGCCGCUGUCAGAAUCUCCAAUACCCAGGCCAAUGACAACACUAACGCCCCCGUCUUCAGCCUUUCCGACUACGCGGUCACCGUGUACGAGUACGUUGACUGUGGCUUUUCCAUCCUCCGUGUCACCGCCUCGGACGCUGACGGGGACGCCGUUCAGUACCAGAUCAUCCGCAGCCCCGGCGACCCGUCCUUGGUCAACAUCGACCCAGUCAGCGGCGACAUCUAUGUUCGACAGUCACUCGCCACGUAUCAAGACAACACAUAUAUUUUCACGGUCGAAGCGAGCGACCAAAGGCGCGUGGCGAGGACAUCCAGGGUGGUUGUCAACGUCACUAUUGAACGGGAUGUACCCAUUGUCAUAGUAAACCUGCCCUCGACUGUCACGGUCAACGAAAGCACGGCAGUCGGGGAGGUUGUCUUCACCGUGCAAGCCAUCGAUCCAAAUCGUGUGGGAUCUGUACAGUAUGAAGUAGUGGGUGGCAUCAUCGCCGUGCAGUACUUCAACAUCUCCGACACCGGCAACGUGAUGGUUUCAGCGUCUCUCCGCGACAUCAAAACACAGACGCUUACGCUUCAAAUAAAAGCAUGGAAGACCAACAGCUCCGCCACUGUGCCGAAAGUGCAGGGGACACUGAACAUCAACGUCAGGAUCAACGGCAACGCCCCUCGUUUCAUCAGUGCCCCCUACGACGUCACCAUUUCUCCUGACCGGCAGAUUGGGGAGGAGAUCAUUGCGGUCUCCACCUUUGACUGGGACAGGGAGGACAACGUUACAUACAGCAUAGACGGCGGGAGCGAUUACCUCUACAUCCACCCUGUAACCGGCUCUGUGAUACUGACGAAAUCUCUCAGGAACGUAAACAUUUCACAAAUCGUGACCACUGUGAAAGCCGUAGAUCGGAUGCUGUUUCCAAGGAUGGCGACUGCAGUAUUGACAGUGAACAUUCGGUCGGAUGUAAUUUACCCGGAGUUUGGCUCCACGCCUUAUAACAUAUCUAUACCGGACACCCUGGCCGUACAGUCCUCAGUGUUCACUGUAUAUGCGAUAGACAACGAUCUGAGGGGACAACUCAUGUAUCAAGUGACCGGAGUAUAUCCGUCGCCGUACUUCUUCAGCCUCAGCCCCUUCGGUCGUAUUACCUUGAUAAGACCAUUGGCAAUGGACACCCUCGCCUCCAGUCGAUACGACUUGAGAAUUGUUGCCUUCGAUGCCACGGCGCCCGACACGCGGGGAACUGUGACAGUCACCAUCAACGUGGCCCGGAACCCCAAUGGUCCUUUGGCGACUCAAGCUCUGUACAGUGUCAACGUUUCCGAGGUGGCCAGUCUGGACACUGUGCUGUUUACAAUAGUCGCGACAGACUUGGACGGGGACGAUCUGACAUACCGGCUCAGUGACGGCGAAAGCUACUUCAGCAUUAACGAUACGGGCGACAUCUCCGCUACAAGGAGCCUACUUGGACUCGGCGGCAAAAGAUUUUUCUACACUGUGACCAUCACAGACAGCGGUCGGCCCUCCAAGACAACAGAGGUGGGACUGGCGGUCUCUGUGAUGUCAGGCAAACCCAUCUUCUCAGCGAGUCAAUAUGACGUCACUAUCAGAGACGACGCGCUUGCAGGGACGCCAGUGACGAACGUAACUGCUGUAACCCCUCUGCAGGGACGAGUCACGUACGAUGUGGAAGGGUAUGGACUGGCGCCGGUGUUCUUUGAUGUGGACAAGGUCACGGGGUCAGUGACCGUCACCCGUGACCUGAAGCAAGGAACAGAUCGCCAGUAUACGCUGAGAGUCCUUGCAUACGACGACGGCUACCCCAACUACUACAGCACCGCCAACGUGACCAUCAGCGUCGUGAGGAACGUCAACUCCCCACUCUUCGUCAGCGCAAGCUACAAAGCUAGCAUAGAAGACGGUAUGGAGCUUGGCGCUGUGGUGACGUCAUCAAUAUCUGCCACAGAUGCUGAUGGGGACACCGUGACGUACUCCAUUGUCAGCACUGACCAGUGCAGCACACUUCUGGCUAUAGACGCAUCCUCGGGCGUCAUCCGACUGCGUCGUCUACCUUCAACAAGCUUCACCAAUCUCAGUUGCCGUAUCCAAGCAACAGAUAACAGCUACUACCUUGCGAAGACUGCCAGCGUGGUGAUGGAGGUUUCGGUGAAUCAAGGACAGUACCCAGUCUUUGACGCGAGGACCUACGUAACCACUUUAACAGAGCAGGCGCCUGUGACGUCUGUUGUGUUUACAAUCAAAGCAAGUAAACCUAACCUAGCGGGUACGAUGAUGUACGAGCUGAUCGGUGUCUACCCAGCUCCCAACUUCUUCUUCGUCAACAUAACCACCGGAGACGUCAGCAUCAGGACCGACUUGCAGACUGAUGCAGCAGCAACACCCCAGUACAAUCUGAAACUGGUGGCCUACGACUCCAGCAACCCGUCACGUCGGGCUACAGUCGACGGCACCGUGGUGGUCACGCGCAAUGUCUACGGUCCGGAAUUCGCGUCGACUGUAGUGCAGACCAAAGUUGACUUCGACGUCGACAUUGAAACGUGGUGUUUCCCCGUCACCGUCGCCGAUAGGGACAACGAUGUCGUCACGUGUACAUUCAGCGAUCUGACAGCAGUUUACGCCGACUUCUUCACCAUAGAUCCCCGGACCUGUGUGGUGACGCUGAAUCAAUCAUUGACAGCGGACAACGCCACCACGAACAGGUUCAGGAUGAACAUAAUGGCCACUGAUGACGGACGUCCGCCCAGGGUGGCCACCAUGGUGUUAAUUGUCAAUGUUGCCCGUGAUGGUUUUAUGCCAAGCAUUGUCAACCUGCCCACGUCCGUCAAUAAACGGGACACUGAUGCCGUGGGGAGUCCAGUAUACACAGUGUCCGUCUCCGACCCUGAUGUGCAGGGUGAUCGAAAAUGUGACAUCAUCGGCGACGGAUUGGCCACGGCCCUGUUUCAAAUCGACAACCUCAAUCGAAUAACACUGAGGACAUCGUUGACCGUCGACAGCCGCAGUUCCAUAUCCUAUGUUGUCCGAGUUCGCUGCUAUGAUACAGCAUGGCCGACACACACUGUCGAUGGUGAGUUGACGGUGAGUGUCAGCCGGACAAGCACGACGCCAUCCGAUUGUAACGCGACGACAAACAAUAAUGCACCAGUGUUCUCCGUACCAACGUACGUUGCCAGAGUGUCCAGGUCAGCCAGCCCAGGGGAGGUGAUCAUUGGUAUCAGCGCCACUGAUUCAGAUGGGGAUGUUAUUCGUUACUCUGUUCUGACGUCAUCGAUCGGAGCUUUGAGUUAUUUCUACUUGGACCCUGUGACUGGUCAGAUCAUCACGCGUAACUCCAAGCUGGCUGAGGAUACGAAUCAGAACGAUGUCUCCUAUAAUCUGAGGGUUGCCGCUACCGACCCGUACGGUGGUCAGUCCACCACUACAGUGUACAUCACCGUCCAGCCUCUGCAGCUACCGGUCUUCUCCCAGGGAUCCUACAUGGUCACUGUGCCGGCUGCAGUAGCCCCAGGGCAGACAAUUACUACGAUCGCCGCUAGAAAGGCUGACCUGAAGGGAAUCUUACUGUACAAGUUAACGGGAGUCUUCCCAUCUAUAGAUUAUUUCAUUCUCAAUGAAGUCACUGGGGAGCUCUCUGUCAACAAAACUCUACUCUCGGACGAUACAUUAAUCACGCGCCAUAAGCUUAUAGUGGUUGCCUAUGAUACCGGGGAACUUAGCUCCGAGGCAGCAACGGAAGUGAUAAUCACAGUGGUGGCAACGAACCCAACUAGCCCCAUCUUCUCCCAACCUGACUACAAUGUGACAUUAUCCCAGCUUUUACCCAUUGGCGGAAAAGUCUACACCCUCACUGCCCUGGACCAGGAUGGGGACAAUGUGACCUACAGUGACCGCGGGACUAAUCUGACCCGGAAGUAUUUCUUUGUGAACCCGAGGAAUGGCGAUAUCACUCUCAUCAACGACUUGACAGCAUCUACAGAGUCUAGAUUCAGUUUUGUUGUUGCUGCUACCGAUGAUGGAUAUCCACGAAAAUCUUCACAAGCUUUAGUGACCAUCUCCAUACAAACCCAGGAUAAGAGGCCGUCAUUUGAAUAUUCCACAUGUAAUAAAGACUCCUCAGGAAAGUGUGUCAACCCUACCUACUCAGCCACCAUAACUUCAGGAACUACGGGUGGACUGACAGUGUAUCCCAGCCCCGGGGUCAACCCCCCUGCCCCCACCGACAUCCUCGCCAGGGACACUGAUGGUGGCAAACGUAUUGUGUACACGGUGGAGCAGACUGAUCCGGCUGGCUAUGCAAUUUUCUUCAACGUGACCUCCUCCGUGGUGACCUCGACCUCUGACCUCUACAGAGCAACCUUGACCCAAAUCAUUCCAAUCAACAGACGCAAUGUCAGAGACCUGACACUCGUCCUCACGGCCAGGGAAAGAUCGUCAGUUGGAAUGUCUGCAAUAGCCCUCGUCUAUGUGACGAUUGGAUCAUCCAAUGACAAUCCUCCUAUCAUUGGAAGUUCAACCAAUAGUUUCACAGGAUACAUCAGGGAAGACGCGGAAACCUCUUUCUUCGUGAAAGACAGCCCUCUUCAAAACGCGAUGAGAUUGACAUACAGUGACCAGGAUGUUGUGCUCGGUGACCCUGUGCAGAACUACGUGAGUUCAGUGCAGGGCACAGACAGCUUCAGUGUGGAUCCAGAUGGUUACAUCCGACUGGCCAGGACACUAGACUACGACACCAAGAACAGAUAUACCUUCCAGGUGACGGUUAGUGAGAGAGACACGGCCCUCAGGCGGUCUGCCACGGUGUCCCUGACAGUCAGUGUCAUCAAGACCCCGCCCCCCGCGAGCACGUGUGACUGUAACAAACCCACGAGUGGAACGUGGGCGUGUACCGCUAGUAGGCUGGCCCGAUAUCUACCUACCAUACUACUCGUUUUAUUCAUGAAGUAUAUAUAAAUAUCAGUAAUAUUUUAGACUGUGUUAUAAGAAUCUGCCGUCCUUGCCGUCGAGUAAUUAUAUCACAUGAUGUAAAUACAUGUAGUUACGUUGGUGGAACAGCCACCGUUAGUGCAUUCCAUUUAAAUACAGGCAGAG